CCUAAUCCUCACUGAAAAAGGAUUCAACAAGCUGUUUGUAUAUAAACACAAACCUCUAUCAUCAAGCUUGAAUUUAACAAAAAAAAAACUAACCUUUCUCUCCAACAAUGUCUGUGGUCAUAAAGUUCUUCAUCCUCUUCCUUUUGGUUGAUAUAUCCACCGCAUAUUAUAGGCCAGCUGAUCGGACCUCCGAGGACAAAAAAGGAAUCGGUCUAAAUAAGUCAGAGAUUGACUAUUUCAGUAUUCUUAGAGACACAGUUCGAGGAUGGGGAAGAGAAGCAGAUGCAAAAUACUCGAUGUCGGCAUCUACCGAUUACAUGGCCCGGUCAUUAUUCCUACAAGACAAAGUUCGAGGUUAUGUUCAGCUUUGGGGAGAGUGGAAGAAUCAUACGGGAUACCCAUACGCCGACUUGCAUAAGAAAAUUUAUGGUGACUUUUGGCCAAUAGAAUAUAUUGAUUGCCGUAGAAGUGAGGGUAUAGAUAUCUUGAUGUAUCUUUUAUAUGGCCUUAGUGCAGAAUCGGGCAUGGUUUAAUUGUUUUCUUUUUUAAUUUCGGUUUCAGAAUUGUUUUUGUAAUUCAUAUAUAUUUCUUGUUUUGGUUUGACUCUUGUUGGAGCUU